AUGGCUGGUGUACUAUUUAUUGUGAACGUCCCCAAUAAGGAAUAUGAAAAUUAUUUAAAAAAGAACAUUAUUCCAAAUUUAAUAUUCGAAAAAGAAAAGUACGAGAGGGCAUCAAAAGUUAUCCAUGAAUUGAAAGAGAAGCAUUUAGGAACAAAAUCAAUAGAGUCGUUUGCACAGGAUGAUGACAAUGCUGUCGUAAUAUCGAAGUGUCGAUCAACUGACUGUUUGCAUCAGAAUAUUAGAGCGGACUCUUUUGGAUGUCCUAGUGAGAGUGGUAUAGCUGAAGGAGAUUUGGUGGAUCGAAAGGGUUGCGUGAAGGCGUCUUGGGAGGAGUUGAAACAAGCGAUAAAGCCGCGCAAGAACAAACUUACAAUAACUAGGCCUACCCGGGGAGUUGAUGUGCUCGCUGCAUUUCACUGGGAUACACCACUGGAAACUAUACUAGCGGAAAUAGUAGAACGACUAGACAUCAAAAAUGCAGCGUGGAGUUCUACGAAGGAUGAUAAAUUUUGGCAGGUAACCUUUUCCAUAGAGUCGGGGAGUCUAAGUGAAGAAUUAUUACAAGUCCUAAGGACCUUCGGGAUUGGAUCACGGUACCAGUCGUCAGUUAGUUUGGUACCUUGUGCCUUAUACUACAAAUCCCAUGAUGAAGUCAGUCCACCAGCGUCUGAAAUUGGUGUGAUUCAACAUGAAGAGGUCUCAAAUACAGGGUGGGCUCGGUUUUCUUCAUCGGUGCGUGCGCGCACAAACCUCGCGCAAGUGUUGCACGAUGUGCGCGCAGACGCAGCCCUCACCUUUGAUUGGGUGUUUCUUCUACUGGUCGCUGCGUUCGUUGCUGCUAUUGGUCUAGUUGAAAAUUCCACCGUUAUACUCGUGGCCAGUAUGCUUAUAUCUCCACUAAUGGGUCCCAUAACAGCGGGUACUCUAGGCACAGCCGUCAAAGACCGUUCCCUGCAGCUCAUGGGAGUCAAGAAUGAGUUCCUCGGUCUGUUCCUAUCUCUCGUCAUGGGAUUCCUAUUCGGGCUGACCAUCUGCGCCAUCGAUGAACGAUACGGAGUCGUGGAGGACUGGCCUACUUAUGAAAUGAUCUCAAGGUGUGAGUAUCGUUCUCUAUGGGUGGGUGUGCUGGUGGCAAUACCCAGUGGUGCUGCAGUGGCGCUGGCCGUGCUGGGAGAGUAUACAUCUUCUCUCGUCGGAGUCGCUAUCUCUGCUUCUUUACUACCACCUGCUGUUAAUGCUGGUCUUCUCUGGGCAAUGGCGCUAACUCGUCUGUUGGUGACGACGGAAGAGCUGCGCUGGCUGGUGGUCCAACCCUCGGAGUUAGCCAUACUGGGUACCGCGUCACUAUGCCUGACCUUAGUCAACAUCAUCUGCAUAUUCUUGUCUGGAGUCGCUGUUUAUAAGGUGAAAGAAGUAAGUCCAUUGGACAGGAAGGAUAUCUCCUGGUGGAAAGCCAACAGAAGUCGCAUGCAAUCUAAUCAAAAUAAAGAAAAUUUGAACUGGGAUGAUUACAACAAAUGGUACGACGAGAAAGCAGCUACAAAAGUGGACAGCAAUGAUACGUCAACUACAGUGGACAACAGCACCGUCACCUUCCGCAGGCGACCCUCGAUCAUCAAGCGGUUGAGGACACAAGUCGAUGGGUACACUCAAAGUACACAUUUAUCAGACAUAUACAUACCAAUGGAAGUGGAAACCAAAGCAAACCUAGAAACUCAAACACCGAGCCACAACAUAAGGGAGAAAAUACAAAACUUGGACGAAAUACAACAUAACUACUACAAUAUAGGAUUCCAAAAUGGAGAUAUUUGUGAAGAUAGUACCACGAAAUCAAACGUCCCUGACUACCCCACUUUGAAACCGUCGUUUAGUUACACAGUCGAAGCGAAAAACCAAGUUCUCCUAGACAAUAAAAGCUACGACGUAUAA